AUGGACUCAAGAACACUCCUAUUGAUCGGCUCUGGUCCUGGAAUCGGCGUGGCUGUGGCAUCCCUGUUUGCCCAAAAGCGCUUUGAUCAUAUUGCCCUGUUCGCCCGGAACGCCUCACAACUACAAGCAGAUAAAGAGAGGAUUCUCUCUGCUGCCGCAGAGGCCGGUCGCCAAGUGAAUGUCCGGACGUGGAAAGUGGACAUCACCGAUCUGGACCAAUUCAAGACGGCUUUAGCAGAAGUCCAGUCCUUCGGGACACUGGAAUGUGUCUAUUUCAACGCGGCUCGCGUGGGCGCAAGCAACUUCUUUGACUUCCCUAUUGAGGAUAUCGAGUUGGAUCUGAAGCUCUCGGUUACUGCCCUCUACGUUGCUGCUCAAUGGGCUAUACCCAUCCUGGCCAGUACAAUGCAAAAGAACCCAGGAACCGGCUUCAAGCCGACUUUUCUAGUGACAAGCAGUCUCUUGCCGGUGGAUCCGAUCCCGCAAUUAUUUUCUUUGUCGAUGGCAAAAGCUGCGCAGGCAAAUAUGGUCAAGUCGUUGCAGAAAUUUGUUGCGAAGGGAACGCACGUCGGAAUGGUUGUCGUGGGAGGGAUUGUAUCGCCGGACGCGAAGUUCAUGAAUCCGACUACCAUUGCUCAACAAGCGUGGGAGCUGUUCAACCAAGAUGGAGCGGAUUGGAAAUCCCAGGUGAAUAUUCUGGAGGAUAAAAUUGAUUGGAGUCCACUUCUGUGA